CAAAAAUAGAUUAUUCAUUUUUAACUUAAACAUUCAGUCAUUAUUGUGACAACAAGUCAUUCUAGUAGCAACAACUUAGUUUUUGCACCGUAGUAAGUUUUUUCGGCCGCCACGAUACGUCAGAAAAAAACAACGGCGGCGGCCUACCAAUUUUUUGUUCAUGGAAUAGGUACCGUACGUAUGCAGCGGUAUGAAAUGCGAAGAUCAACAAUCGUGACUGAAUGCUAUGUUGCGUUCGGGAAUCCAAAUUGGUGAAGCUUUUCAAACGCACGGGUUGCAAUUUCUCGCAGCAUCACAGCAAUCUCACAGCAGCAGGCUAUUUGUUGGCACGAYGUACACAUCCCCUCGUACUAAAUCGGUGUGAUCCUCUUGAUUAAUAUUAAAAUCGGUUUGUAAUCUUGAUGUGAAGAAACGAUACCUUGUCUAUGUCAAAAAUUAACUCAAUUCAGAUAAAAUGAACAAAGAUACUGUCAAUGCGGCUAACGACGACUUGCUCAACCUGGCAGGUGACGCAGGCAACGAAUCCACGACCGAUUGCGAUCAUCAUAAUUACCAUCCUCGCAAGAACCCCAGUAACGACAGCACCGGAAACAACAGCAACGACAAUUCCUAUCCAGCUUUAGAACAAUCAGUUGUGUUGGAAGAGCAUGAGCAUCUUCUACCAACAAAACCCAUACAGAUAGCAAAUUCUUCGGGGAUGUCUCGAGCAGAAACAACAGGAGCAGCAGAUAGAGCGUCUCCAUCGAACGGCAUAGUCGUUGUCCCUCAAAAGUUGGAUGUGGCUGAACCUGAUCCAAGAAUAGGCAGGGAUGCUACUCCUAUUGUGAACGUAAAUACACUUACUGCGGUUGAGGUAGCAAAAACAAUCACCGCCAAAACUAUGAGCACAGUCCCCAUGAGAGAUAAGAAGAAACAACGGGCCAAGCCAGGGUUUGGCUUGCGAACCUCCCGGACGACUAUUGUCGAAACGGGACAGAAGCGACGAUCAUGCAUUUGUACAAACAGCAAAAAAUGCAACCAGCUCAUGACGAAAUGGGCCAAGGUCUCCCCUUCCGAUUAUCAUUGUGAGUCUUGGAUUCAUCGGGGUGUAAUAAUUCAUUCACUCAGCUGCUAAUCUUGUUUUCUACUCUCCGACUUUUGGAUUAUUCAAGUUCUUCAACUCCCAAAGGAACAUAUACCUCAGCCCUURACUGAGCUUCUCGCCAUAGAAACUGAAGCUCAGCACACAGCAAGSCAUACGAUAAGGAAGAUGAAAACUACCUGUACUGAYACUGAAAAUUCAACAACUUUACAAGGCAGUCACAAUGACGAUAAUCAACUUCGCGAGAGGGAGAGGACGAGCAACAGCAAUAUGUCUAGCACGGACCUAUACAAGAACGGAUUUCGGGCAGCAACCCUAAGGCAUAUCUCCGCGAAGAAUCCAAUUCCCAAAGACGAACGUAUUGCUUUGUGCCACUACCACCCCGAAGUCAGGCCCUAUUUGUUCUGGCCAAAGAACACGCCAUCGGCGCAAAAAUACGCUAUUCCCAUAGCAUUGGCAAUCAAACUGGGUUAUGAUAUCGAAGACGCCAAGUGCCUGGGCCUAAACAUGGAAAAAUAUUGCUACGUUCUCCCGACCUAUGAUUUUGAGGAUGCUGAACGAGAAAUUGGAAGUAUCCAGAAAGUAUUUUACGACCGAGUCGAACAAAUCCAAACCAAUCCAGCUCAAUUUGUCAGAGAUUUGCGGCAGCUYGAGGAAGAUCUGCAGGAGGUCCACAAACUGCGAAAACGAAACAUAGAACUUUUGCGGAAGCUUGAUGACCGCCGUAGGUCCAUUAAGCGGUUGCGAAGCGUCCUUAAGGUUCAACACCGUCACAGCGUUACGAAGGAAGCACUUCAACACGAAGAGCAUCAGCAAAGACACCAUCAACACCUUCAUUCAAACCAGCAAACUCAACAAUCGUUUUCAGCAAGUCAACUUACUAACGCUCCAAUUGAAGUAGGACCGUCGGAUGAUAACAAUGGAGKGCAUCAGCUGCAACAUCAGCAACAGUACCAACAACAUUCCUAUCCAACAGGAGGAGCCACAUCCUAUCACCAGCAACAGCAUCAGAUCAUGGAUUCAACACAACAACAACAACAACAACCAACGCCGAUGCCACAACCACUGGGGCUUCAAAAUCAAAACCAACAACAACAACACAACCAAUUCUUCCAGCCUACGCCACCUACGCAAGAACAGCAAACUAUCGGAAUCGUUACUGGGGGAAUCAACCAAAACAACGAGCAGCAGCAGCAGCAUUCGCACCAUCACCAUUGGGCCUUUAAUCAGCAAUWCCAAGCUACUCCAUUGGGGGGUACUUCAGGCUCCGACAACGAGCAGCAACAGCUUCCGCAGCAGCAACUACAACCGCCAUCGGUUCACGCAUACGAUCCUGAGCCAAACCAUGAUUCACAACAGCAACAUCAAAAUCAACAGCAACCAGUGCCGUCACCGAUGGAAGAGGCUAAUAACCCUGAGAACGGUUAYAGUACCUACGCAAAUCAUCUGGAAGCCGCCAUGGCUGCCGCUGUGGCAGUGGGAUUCAAAGACGACCAAGAAGGCCUCGUGGCCGGGGUGGAAGACGAUCCCAACCAUCACCAUCAGCAACAGCAACAACCUAAUCACCAUUCCCAUCCUCCUCCUCACAAUAUUGUCGUUGGAGACAUUGUUGCAGUCGACGACCUCGUUGAUUACAACAACAAUACCAAUCUCGAUAGUAGAUUUGGAGGUGAAAUWAGUGACGACGAAGACCUCAAAGACGACGAUUGUUCCGACACCGAACGUUAUCGGCAGACUUUGGGUGGCCCAUCCUCACAGAUCUAUCAACGACCCCGGAAGUGGCCCCGAAGAAAAGUGGUUGUUAAUCCUCUUCCCGGAWMCAGGGCCMCAAACGACACAAACAAAUUGACGAGGAAGAGUGGUGUGAAGAGAAGUGGAAGCAAGAAUAGUAAGAGCAAUACUUGUACCGGUAGAACUAUCGGCAGUAUUAGAAAAAAGGCAAAGCCAAUCGAUUUGUCAGAACGCGUCACUUGAUAGUGCAAAAAUAAUUUCGUCRUAACUCAACGUAAAUCAUAAUAAGAAUUGCUUCACCUGGUCAACUACUUUACUUACUUGUACUUCUAUCAGCUAGAUUUGAUGGUUACGAGUAUGUUAUUUUUGGAUUUUUGUUCAGAUUUUUCCWAACAGAUCGUAGAAAAAAAUACAAAUGUCUGC